AUGCCUCCAAUUGACUCCUGGCUGGGCAGCUGGCUGUGCGGCGAGGAUUCAGCUCAGAGAGGCCUGGCCUGGGUGCUGAGGCUGACAGAACUGAUCCAAGCUGUGACGUUACAACCACCAACGCAAGUGGGCGGGUGCCCGCCCAACGGCCGUGGCCCUCCAGUGUGCUGGACGUGUGGCAGGCAGGCCAUAUCAGUGUGCGCGGGUGCCCCAGAACUCGGGGGCGGUCGGGAAACGCUCGGGGUCUGUGUAAAAGGGCCCACACCAGUCCCCCAGCCCCUGUGUCCCUCCCCUAUCGUGGCACAUGUUGUACGGGGCCCCAACACGCUAGUCUGGGGAGCCGGGCUCCCUCCCACAGAAGCAGAUGACAGCGACAUCGGAAUUUCGAGGGUGGUGGUCUACGCUGGAGCAAUUCGGGAAUUUUGGGCACAAGGUUUGGGUGGAGAAGGCAUCAGCACUGUAGGAGGAAAAGGGUCUUCGGUUCAGGUGUCACAGAUCACACCUUCUUCUCAAUGUUGGGGCGACGAGCUGCAGGUACACCAGGAAAUGUGCUUUGGCAGACCCAACACACCCUGGCUGUCCCACAGGACGGAAUCGCUCGGAGGCUACAGGGACUGCAUGGAGCCAGCUCAUGGUUUGCUCCGUGGGGACCGCGCUGACUAA